AAUUACAACUUGCAAUUUUCAGAUUAAAAAAAUUCAGAUGCAUACAUUUCAAGUCGCUCAAAUUCAGAUCUCAGAAAUACGAAUUCAAACCGGAGUUCCAACAUCCGGGGCUUCCCAGGAAAAGUAAACUGUUUAGAGCGAUCGAUCGCAGCAUUAACGAGACACAGCGCCAUCUCACGGCUGCACUCGAGUUCACGUCUGUGGAGGUGAAGCUGAGCAGAUGAGCCGCGUUUGUACGGGAGAAAACUAAGGAUGAACCCCAACGAGAUUCAACAUUGUUGUGUUUGGUGGAGUGGAUGGCUUCUCAAGAAAGACAAUGUACCUGGGAGCUGCCACGAACAACCUGGCAUCAACUGCACUGACCUUCUUCCAGGAAUCAGUGGACAGAUUUGGUUUCCCUCUUAGAGUAAGGGGCGAUCAGGGAGUUGAGAAUGUCCAGAUAGCACGCCUCAUGUUCACAGUCCGUGGAACUGGGAGGAGCAGUUUCAUUUCUGGAAAAAGUGUCCACAACCAGCGCAUCGAGAGAUUAUGGAGAGACGUGUGGACUGCAGUGACCAGCUUGUACUACGAUGUCCUCCACUAUCUUGAGGAAGGCAACUAUCUUGACAUUGCAGACCAAACACACAUUUUCUGUUGCCAUUACACCUUUGUACCAAGACUUCAAGAUGACCUGGACAUUUUUCGAGAGGGCUGGGACAAUCACCCCUUAAGAACCGAGGGCAACAUGACUCUAAACCAGCUGUGGGCAAUAGGACAAGUUUAUGAGCCAGUUCAGGAGCCCCAAAAUGAGGAGGUGUUGGGCAUACCAGAGAUUGAUUGGGAGAGCAGUGGGUUACCUCACAUUAGAAAUACUGGAAUUCAUGUUCCUGCCACAGGCUGUCCACUUACAGCAGAGCAGUUUACAGCACUCAGAGACUUCAUUGACCCCAGAGCAACAUCACAGUCACGGGGUGCUGACAUCUAUAUGGCUGCUGUGCAGUUCUGCCAGACUCUUUUGGAAUGAGAAGUUUCUGAAUGCAUUUUAGAGGACGAUGGGGUGACAGCAAGAAAAAUACCACAGUGGAUUCUUUUCCAAUGGAAAACAGUGGAAUUGUUAAGACAUUAUUUCCUUAAACAUUUAAGUUUGUUUCAUCUAUGUCUGCUAAAAUUAGUUACAUUAUGUUGAUUAUAGGGAGUACCAAGAUACCAUAAAAGCUUAAGAAAGGCAUUCAUUUUUCUGUAGACGCAACAUUUUAUUUCUAAUUCACCAAUUUUCUAUGUAAAACAUUGACAAAUAAAAUAUUUUACAU